CAAUUCGUCGCUUUUUGAUGACGUUGCGAACGUAUCCAGCAGGCAGCAGCAGGUGUAGUGAAAAAUCCAACUGCUUCAUACAGCAUUUCGAGAUGACGGAGAACGACGUUGAUAAUGAGCUGUUAGACUAUGAGGAGGAUGAAGUUGAUGGCGUUGCUGGAGAUACAGGGCUUGGACACAGCGACAGUGUCAUAUCCAUCAGGAAAGAAGGGGUCAAAGGGUCAUACGUGUCCAUCCACUCCUCAGGAUUCAGGGAUUUCCUUCUCAAACCAGAACUCCUGAGAGCUAUAGUAGACUGUGGCUUUGAGCAUCCAUCUGAGGUUCAGCAUGAAUGCAUUCCUCAGGCGAUCUUGGGGAUGGACGUAUUGUGUCAGGCCAAGUCUGGAAUGGGGAAGACGGCUGUCUUUGUGUUGGCCACCCUUCAGCAGCUGGAGCCAGUGACCGGUCAGGUAUCAGUGUUGGUGAUGUGUCAUACUCGAGAACUGGCGUUCCAGAUCAGCAAAGAGUAUGAGCGCUUCUCCAAAUACAUGCCGAGUGUCAAGGUGGCAGUGUUCUUUGGGGGUUUAUCUAUAAAGAAGGAUGAGGAGGUGCUGAAGAGAGAGAGCCCUCAUGUGGUGGUGGGAACUCCUGGACGUAUUUUAGCUCUGUCUCGCAACAAGAGUCUCAACCUGCGACACAUCAAGCACUUCAUCCUUGAUGAAUGCGACAAGAUGCUGGAGCAACUUGACAUGCGGCGGGAUGUCCAGGAAAUCUUUCGCAUGACCCCUCACGAGAAGCAAGUCAUGAUGUUCAGUGCUACCCUGAGUAAAGAGAUCCGUCCCAUCUGUAGAAAGUUCAUGCAAGAUCCGAUGGAAAUUUUUGUGGACGACGAGACCAAGCUGACGCUUCACGGCCUCCAGCAGUACUACGUCAAACUGAAGGACAACGAGAAGAACAGGAAGCUCUUUGACCUCUUGGAUGUGUUGGAGUUCAACCAGGUGGUGAUCUUCGUUAAAUCGGUGCAGCGUUGUAUCGCUCUUGCUCAGUUGCUGGUGGAGCAAAAUUUCCCUGCCAUUGCCAUUCAUAGAGCGAUGCUUCAAGAUGAAAGACUAGCUCGAUAUCAGCAAUUUAAGGAUUUCCAGAGACGAAUCCUGGUGGCCACAAACCUGUUUGGCCGAGGUAUGGACAUCGAAAGGGUCAACAUUGCGUUCAACUACGACAUGCCUGAAGAUUCGGACACGUACCUGCAUAGGGUUGCUAGAGCCGGCAGGUUUGGAACCAAAGGUCUGGCCAUCACCUUUGUGUCAGAUGAGUCUGACGCGCGCACUUUGAACGAUGUUCAGGACAGGUUUGAGGUGAACAUCAGCGAGCUUCCAGAGGAGAUCGACAUCUCGUCGUACAUUGAACAAACCCGAUAAAGAAGACGACACAUCAGGCAGCAGUUUUUUCGGAGGAUGCGUUGCAUGGCAUUGUAGCAUUUGGUAGCAACUGAGAGUUUUUAUUUCAUAUAGAUUUAUUGUGUUAGUGUAUACUUGAACAGAUCAUAUCACAGUGUUAUCCUAAAUGUGGUGGGUUUCUUAAUUCCUCCUCAGUAGGUCAGUUCUGUUUUUGCUUGUUGAAAAGGGAAACAAAUUAUUUAACAUUUUAUUAUUUUUCCUCUCAAUAUGAAUAAUUUCCCGUUUGCCUUAUUCCGUUUUAGUUAUUUAUAAUAAAGAGGCAUAUUUUUUGUUUUUUUUUGUGUGAGGAGUUUAUCAUUGGAUUAUAAUGAACCAUACAGUUUGCAUUGAUGUAAAAUUAUUUGAAAGUUAUUAAAGAUAUUAGCAGUUAUACUGAAUGCUUGUUACCAGUAAAGUAGGUAUUAAUGAAAUAUAUUCAGUGUUCGUUCGAUUGCCAGACCAACGGACGCUUUGUUUAACUAUCAAUGCUGGUUAAACCAAAUAAACUAUGUUUGUUUAAUUUACA